AUGUCGUGUGACACUUGUCCCAUUGGGACACGUGGGGCAAGUGGGAAACGUGGGACAAGUGAGACACAUGGGACAAUUGCAACAAGUGGGACACGUGAGGCACAUGGGAGAAAUGCGACAAGUGGGACACGUAAGACAAAUGGGGCACGUGGUACUAUUGGGAUACGUGGGACAAGUGGUACUAUUGGGACACGUGGUUCAAGUGGGACACGUGCAACAAGUGGUACUAUUGGGACACGUGGUUCAAGUGGGACACGUGCAACAAGUGGGAAACGUGGGACAAGAGCGACAAGUGGGAUAUGUCGGACGCGUGGGAUAAGUGCGACACGUGGGACAACUGCGACACGUGAGACAACUGGAACAAGCGGGACCAAUAGUACACGUAGGACAAGUGAGACACAAUUUUUCUGA